AGAAAACAUUCAGAUAAAUCAUUGCAACACUUCUAACAAUUUUACUGAAUGUCAUUGUAUUGUAUAAACCUAUUCUGCCGUCCUUCCCUUCAUCCUUGUAUUGUUAAAAUAAGUGACAAUGUGACCCUGGAAAAGAGCAAACUUGUAUCAGAUGUUCAAACAUGUUUAUUGAGCUGUGUGGUUUGACUCAAAAGCAAUAUCCCUGAACAUUAUGAGGAAAAUCUAUCACACACCUGAUUCAACAGGGCAGAGUAUACAGGACUUUCUCACCAGACAAGGAAACAUCAUGCUAUGGUUAGUGCUUUUAUAGCCCUAUUGUUUUAUCUUUUAAAGUUAUAAUAGGUCAUGGGAAGUUAAGGUCAUGGCUGCAGUGGAGAAAUUAAAGUAACUGUAUGUGAUUAAGCACCAAUCUUAAACUCAUGCUGUCAAUAGGAAACUACCUUUAGAGGCCACAUGGCUGAGGAGGAACUUAUUUAUUAGUGAAUUAAAGAUAACAUUGUUUAAAAGACAUAAAAAGUUAAGUUUAAUUAUAAAAAAUAGUAAUGAAUCAGGAAUAACUCGUAACUUAUGACACACUAUAACCAUAUCCUUUAAACAUUAAGCUCUGUUCAUACUAAUAUCAAUGUUAUCCAUCAAUAAUGUUUGACUACUGUAGGGCAGCUAGCAGCAUAUUUAAAGACAAAGUUACAGAUCUUAUGAUAUGAUGAGAAAAAGAGCAGGCAGCUGUGAACUUUUCCCAAAAUCCUGCAGAUACAGAUAUACUCGGAAAUCUCAAAAUUUUGUUUAUACAUAUCACAGUAACCCUUUCUUUUACUGUACACUUAUUAUCAGGUAAUUAACAGGUAAUUACCUAUUAACAACAUGAAAUCAUCUGUAAUUACAUGAUAACUACUCAGUCAAUACUGUCUAGUUUUUCUUUUUUUCUUUUUUCUGUGAAGCUCCAUUUUCAAAAGCUAUUCGGGGUUCUUAUUUUCUAUAAUUGACACUUGAUACAGCCAAUGGGCGUGCGAAGAUUGCGUAGCGAUACGCUGUUUGAGCCGAGCACUAUCACAGCGACUCACCUGCCGAAUGCGUACAAUGCUACUGCGCAAGUGGUGGUUCCAGGAAGCGGAGAAAAUCCUGGAAAUACCAGAGCUAUUCGGCUUCAAAUUUGUAUGAUGAUGGAAGGUUACCUACCUGGUAGCUAGACAGUAUUGACUUAGUAGUUAUCAUGUAAUUACCAGAUAAUCACCUGGUAAUAAGUGUACCGUAAAAGAAAGUGUUACCCAUAGCACUUAUGAAUGUAAAACUAAUAUGACAAUCUACCAUUAAUAUUACAAACUACAAAAUCAGUUUAAGCCCUAAACUAGUCCUACAUGUUAAGACAGUACUUUGAGCAAAAUGCUAACAUGUGUUUGCUAACAUGUGUAUGCUAACAAAGAUUAGGUGCAAAUAAAUCGUUUUUAAGCAAAGAUUUGAGUCCAUCGUAACCGCUAUGUACCAAAUGAUAAGGACCUUUAGGGCAAUGAACCAUUUUGUGAUCAUGUUAGGCCUAGUUGUGGUUGAAGUUGUCGUUUUUUCGUAUUUAUUCAAAUAUGACAAUCUUAAAUGUUAGCUCUUGAAACUAGCUUCUGGGAAGGAUGGGUUGGGUAGAUAAACUUUGUUAGCAUUACUUUAGCAUAUUCCUUUUUUAUUAGCUGCACAUUUGCAAAUUCCCAAACCCCUCCCAUGAAAUUUUACUGUGUUACUAAAACAAAUAUGUUAAAACACAUCCUGGAGUUAGAGGUGAACAAUCUUUGAGUUCUGUUUAUGAUGGUUAACCAACUGUGUGAUUCUCACGAAAAUUGCAGGGAGUGAUCGGUCACUGUCGCUGUUUGUGGACUCAGAGACUUUGUAGGUGUUACAGCAGGCUUUAUAAGCUGCAAUGUUCAGUAACUGAAGCAGAUUUAGAGGUAGACAGAAACUAUGUGGACUCUCUGGGUUCUUUGUGGUGUGGUCAUCUCGUGCACAGUGCAAGGUUAGUCCUCUUUUUUAUUAUUGAUAUGUUCCUCUUUGAUUUUUUAAAACACAAAUUAGACUUUGUAUUUGCAAGUUGGCAACAUUUGACUGAGUGAAGAUUUCCUCCUAUUUCUUUUUUAAAGUAUCAAAGAAGAUUUUUUUUGUCAUUGUAACUAAAAGUCUUAUCAGUCUUUUCGUGGUUUAAUUUGCUCUCAUUUUGUUUUGUUUGUCUACUUUUCUCAUCCCAUGUCAGGUGAAGUUCGCCUCCAAAAAAAUGAGAAAAGAUAUUUGACAACUUACCCAGGUACAAAAACUACCACAAAACACAAGGAAUAUUGACGUUAAGGCUCCUUUUUGAAAAUUAAAGACGGUUACCAAACAGACCAAAAUCAAGACCAAUCAUGUUUUCCCUCUCAUGACACAGUGUGAACAGCAUUUGUAAAUCUCCUAUGUCUCUCAGCUCAGCUCUCAUGUCGCUACAACUGUGGCCGGCACCUGGGAAGCUGCUCCUGCUCCAGCUCUUGUCAAUACUACGGCAACUGUUGCUAUGACUAUGACUGUAAGUGGCAAGUCUAACAAAUCAGCAACAUUACAGGUUCAGUAUCUUGCGCUGCAGGAAUCAGUCUCAAAUACCUCAGUUCAUUAGUGGUGAGGAAUCUUCUUCAAUGUGAACACCUAAAGUGAGACUAUUUCAAUCUUAAAUGACAAAUGAUGAGUUGAAAGUUGGCUACCAUAAGAUAGUUAACAUUUCUAACGUCCCACUACUUUUUAGCAAACAUGACUGAUUUUGGUGUUACAACAGUCAGGGAAAAGUGGAUUUCUGUUUGCUAAAAGUUUUUCUGGCUAGUUAACAGUUUGUCCUUGCAUCUACUUUUAGCAAAGUGAAUAAAUAAUUCUACUAUUUGCUAGUGAGCAAGGUAAUGCAGAGGAAUAUUGAAAUAUCAUGUCAAUGUAAAGAAAUAGCAUUCUUCUCCCUAUACAGGCUAUGAUUUAACAUAGAAAUGGCUGCAACAAAAUGGUGACACUUUAUAACCACAUGGCAAUCAGUCAUAGUUGGGUAUUUUCUCAUGAACUAGUGUUUGAGUAUGUGUGUUUUACAAAAAUAACAAGAAUUUAAGAUUUUUCACAACCCCUCUCUGUUUUGCAGCUUACUGCCAGUACACUACUACACCACCUGAACCAGAAACCACAGGUGUGAAGGCCUCUUAUUACCCUUUAUAAAAAUAAUACAUCAAAAAAAUUGUAUUGAAAAUCAAUACUGAAUGUCUUUUUAUGUCAUUUCAAUUUUAAUUAUGAUUUUUUGUGUCUCUCAGCUCAGCCCUCAUGUCGUUACAAUUGUGGCUACAACAUGGGGAGCUGUUCCUGCUCCAGCUCCUGUGAAUGGAGUGGAAACUGUUGUCAUGAUUACUACUGCAAGUAUCCUGCAGCAUAACUUUUGCAAACAUUCAUUACAGUUUCAGGCUAAAUACAAAUCUUUGUUUUUAGUCACUUAAUUAUUUUUCAUGGACUAGAUGGCAAAAAGUCAUGAUUGGACAACAUUAUUUUAUUAACUUUUGCAAAGCAUGCAUAUUUUACAGAACUAUGAUAGUUAUAGUAAUAAUUUUAUGUCUCUUACAACCUAUCUUUGCCUUGCAGCUUACUGCCAGUACACUCCUACACCACCUGCACCAGAAACCACAGGUGUGAAGGCCUCUUAAUACCCUUCAUAAAAAUACUACACAAAAAAAAAUAGUAUUGAAAAUCAAUCCUGAUUGUCUUUUUAUGUCAUUUCAAUUAUUAUUAUGAUUUUUUUGUGUCUCUUAGCUCAGCCCUCAUGUCGUCACAAUUGUGGCUACAACAUGGGGAGCUGUUCCUGCUCCAGCUCCUGUGAAUGGAGUGGAAACUGUUGUCAUGAUUACUACUGCAAGUAUCCUGCAGCAAAAGCUUUGCAAACAUUCAUUACAGUUUCAGGCUAAAUCCAAACCUUUGUUUUUAAUCACUUAUUCCAUGUUCUUGGACUUAAUGUCAAUGAGGCAUCGGUGGAUAUUUUCUCAAGUACUAGUGUUUGAGCAUGUGUGUUUAACACAAUUACACAAAUAAAAAGAAUUUGUCUAUAACAACCUAUCUUUGUCAUGCAGAUCACUGCCCGUACUAUACUACACCAUCUGGUGACAUACCAACCACAUGUAAGAAUCUCAACAGCCUACAUGAGGAUAAAACAUCAAAAUUUUAUUAUUAUCGAAAAGAAUACUGAAUGUCUUUUUAUGUCAUUUCAAUUUUAAUUAUGAUUUUUUGUGUCUCUCAGCUCAGCCCUCAUGUCGUUACAAUUGUGGCUACAACAUGGGGAGCUGUUCCUGCUCCAGCUCCUGUGAAUGGAGUGGAAACUGUUGUCAUGAUUACUACUGCAAGUAUCCUGCAGCAAAACCUUUGCAAACAUUCUUUACAGUUUCAGGCUGAAUACAAACCUUUGUUUUUAGUCACUUUAUUAGUUUUCAUGGACUAGAUGGCAAUAAGGCAUGGUUGGACAACAUUAUUUUAUUAACUUUUGCAAAGCAUGCAUAUUUUACAGAACUAUGAUAGUUAUAGUAAUAAUUCAAUGUCUCUUACAACCUAUCUUUGCCAUGCAGCUUACUGCCAGUACACUCCUACACCACCUGCACCAGAAACCACAGGUGUGAAGGCCUCUUAAUACCCUUCAUAAAAAUAAUACAUCCAAAAAUAGUAUUGAAAAUCAAUACUGUAUGUCUUUUUAUGUAAUUUCAAUUAUUAUUAUGAUUUUUUUUGUGUCUCUCAGCUCAGCCCUCAUGUCGUUACAAUUGUGGCUACAACAUGGGGAGCUGUUCCUGCUCCAGCUCCUGUGAAUGGAGGGGAAACUGUUGUCAUGAUUACUACUGCAAGUAUCCUGCAGCAUAACUUUUGCAAACAUUCAUUACAGUUUCAGGCUAAAUACACACCUUGAUUUUUAGCCACUUAUUUUUUUUUCUUGGACUAGAUGUCAAUAAGGCAUGGUUGGACAACAUUAUUCUAAUAACUGUUGCAAUGCAUGCGUAUUUUACAGAAUUGUAAUAGUUAUGGUAGUAAUUUAAUGUCUCUUACAACCUAUCUUUGCCUUGCAGCUUACUGCCAGUACACUUCUGCACCACCUGCACCAGAAACCACAGGUGUGACAGCCUCUUAAUACCCUUCAUAAAAAUAAUACAUCAAAAAAUAAGUAUUGAAGAUCAAUACUGAAUGUCUUUUUGUCUUAUUUCAAUUAUUAUUAUGAUUUUUUUGUGUCUCUCAGCUCAGCCCUCAUGCCGUCAUUAUUGUGGCAGCCACAUGGGGAGUUGUUCCUGCUCCAGCUCCUGUAGAUGGAAUGGAAACUGUUGUCAUGAUUACUACUGCAAGUAUCCUGCAGCAUAACCUUUGCAAACCUUGAUCACAGUUUCAGGCUAAAUACAAACCUUUGUUUUUAGUCACUUAUUCCUUGUUCUUGGACUUAAUGUCAAUAAGGCACGGUUGGAUAACAUUGUUUUGUUAACUGUUGCAAAGCAUGCAAAUUUUCAGAAUUAUGAAAGUUAAAUUAAGAAUUUAAUUUCUAUAACAACUAUCUUUGCCCUGCAGCUUACUGCCAGUACAAUACUGAAUCACCAACCAGAGAACCCACCACAGGUUUGAGAACAUCACGAACAACCUAUACAAGCUUAAUCAUUAUAUUAUUAUUCUGCUAAAAGAAGAGAUUAUUGAAAUGUCUGUUUACCCUUGUAAACUUGUCUACCUUUCAGUUAAUCCCUGUGGAGGCUCUCUGUCCAGCUCUGGCACCUUCCAGAGCCCCAAUCAUCCAAACCACUACCAUGACAACGCCGACUGUGUCUGGUAUCUCAGUGCUGCGAACAACCACAGAGUCUUCCUGUCUUUCACAUACAUGCAGUGAGUAAAGAAUACACAGCUUUUUGGAAAUCAUUAGUACAGUAGUUCAUUUUUGUUGACGAGAGAAGUCACUAAUUUAUGUCUUUUAUCUUUUCUUACAGGCUGGAGAACUGCUGCUCCUGUGACUACAUUUCAGUCUACGAUGGGUCGUAUGUUGGCUCAAGACUUUUGGGGAAAAUGUGCAACGACAGUCAGAAUACUUUCGUCUCCUCCUCUCGAUACAUGACAGUGCACUUCAAGACUGAUAGUUCUGUGGUUGGCCGAGGGUUCAGCGCUGAUUUCUCAAGCACUCUAUCACCAAGCUCAGGUACCUGCAUACUAGAAACCGCAAUUACAGAAAUCUGGGGCUUUGCCUCCUUGAUUUUUGACCACCACAAAACAAUUACUCCUCAAUGACAGAUCAUUAUUCAAUCAGCUAGAGAGUGAGCAACUGUCACUACCCUGACCCUCCUCCUUUGUUAGAUGGUCAAUCAAAGAAGCCAAAUCAAGGCUCAGCAGAGCUUUGUGGUAAAUACAAAUUCCAAAUUUUGAUAUGCUCAGAAUGACAGCAUUUGGUAAAUUUUGUUUAUUCAAAUCUUACCAACUCAAUUUGGCAAAGCUAAAAUUUUUAACAUUUUCCCUAUUGCCAGAAAAGUUACAGAUUUUAAAUCAAUAAUGGCAAAAAAUAUGUAAUAAUUGUUACCCAACUACCAGAGAAGCAUGACAAGCAUUUCCUCAAAAAUGACCCCUCUCUCCUCAAAGUGACUCAAACAGAUGAAAUUUAUUCUGUCAGGUCAAGUGAUCUGCUCCUCAAACAUGACCAUCGUGAUCCAGCAUUCUUACCUGAGCUCUCUUGGCCACGAUGGUAACAAUCUGUACCUGAACGACCCCACCUGCAGACCCCAACUCACCAGAUAUCAGGUGAUCUUCAGCUACUCCAUUGAUAGUUGUGGCAACGUCCGGAAGGUAAGAAUUUUUCUUCCAUCUGAACAAUUCACCCCCUUGGUUUUAAUGAAACCCUCAGUGUGAUCAUGUUUACUUCAACAGCUUGAGAAUGGCAGAGCUGUGUACACCAACCUCAUCCAGUCCUACAACACCACUACUGGAGAGAUAACACGUCAGUCUCACUUUAAGCUGAAGGUGGAAUGCCGAAUGGAGCAGGAUUCAGUAUCUGAAAUAAUGUACCUCGCUCAUAGUGAUAACAGCAGCAUGACAGGAAAAGGCAGAUUUAACACCAGCAUGGACUUCUACACAUCCAGCAACUUCUACUAUAAGGUAUGAUCACAAAAUAAGAGCAUUUCAACUGUUUGAUACACUGCUGACUGUUUCCUUUCAUCUUCUCAGGUGACUCAAGUGCCGUACAAGGUGACUCUUAACCAGAACUUGUAUGUCCAAGUGGAUCUGCAGAGUCAACGGCAUAACAUGGUUCUCUUCCUUGACACCUGUGUGACCUCACCAUCACCACAUGACUUCCAGACCAGAGCUUACUACCUGGUCCGAAACGGGUGAGACGAGAGCACAUCUUGCUUCCUGCUACUCCUUAAAUUUCAACUCAAAAAUACUCUGAAUUUACAGCUAUUUUUUUUAUUUACAAUUUACUUUUAUUUUAUUUAACUUUUUACAUUUUCUUUAAUAUCCAUUUGUUUUUCUUUUUACUCAACUUUAUUUAUUAAUAUUUUUCGUGUAGAACAUAUUGAUAAACAAUGAAGGUCAUGACAUAAACCCCCCUCCCCACACCAACCCUCACCCUUAGGAGGCAAAUGAGAAGGUAAACAACAAAGGCUAUAUAAGAGUACAGUUCGACAAUAUGUAUAAAUCUAUACAGUAAUUAAAGAAGUGAGUCUAUAAUUAAGAGCCAGAAAAUUAGGUUAACUAAUAAAGGAGAACUAUAAAUAAUGAAUAAUAAUAUAAUAAUAAACUGAUGCAAAACACAAUUUACUUUUAUUCUGUAGGCACAAAUUUCACACAGUCCUAAAUUGUUGUUUUUGGAGUUUCACCAUUUUCUUGUGUAUUGAUGGUUUCCUUAACGUAACACAAAAUGAUCCAGUAAAAUCUAAGUAAGAUAAAUCUAUACGUCUUAGUAUAUUUUUCCUUUUUUCAUUGUACUCACUCAAGGACCCCACGUCUUUAUCUCAAAAUCCUUUGUCAAUUAGACUCCAUCCCAGUUUAAAUGAGGUUAACUAAAGUAACUACAACAGUUAACAUUAACCACACAUUGAUGAAUUAAACACAACUGUUGAUUUUGAUUCAUUGUCUGAUAGCAGUUUUUUAUGUUCAAUGCUUUUUACAUCCUGUGGAUGCUGAUUUUAUCCAUCAAGGUGGACUUUUAAAUUCUAAUAAUCUUUUCCAUGAUGAUAUUUGUACAUGAACUCAAAUAAGAGGAUUCAAUAACUAAUCCUACGACUGCAAAUAUUACAAAUAUCAAAAUCCUUGGUUAAUAUAGGAUUCUGUUUUUCUGUUUUCCUUAUAAAUGCAAAUUGGUUUUCAGUAACAGUAAGUCUCUUUCUCCAUUAGAUGCCCUGUGGACAAUACCUACAGCGUCUACACCUCUGGCUCUUAUAAAUACGCCCGGUUCACCUUCAAGGCCUUCCAGUUCUUGCGAGCCUCAGAGUCAGUGUACAUCCAGUGCAAGGUCCGAGUAUGUGAAGCUUACAACAAUUCCCGCUGUCGCCCCACUGGCUGCCACAGACGUAUAGCCAGAGACUUAAGGUCAAAGCAUAACAGCCAAACCCUGGUCCUGGGUCCCAUCCAGCUCAAAGGUCUGUGGCUAUUUUACCUGUUUCUCAAAACAAUUGUGGUUAAAAUUCAGGACAUGUGUAAGGUUUGUCUGUGUGAUCUUAGCAUCUCAAGAAAAGACUAAAAUCUUUGUUUGUCUUUGCCAGAGUCUGAUGAAGGGGAGAGUGAGACCCAGAAGCAGGACAAGGCUUAAAUUCAAACUGCGAUGAGCAGCUUCAAUUUUUUCAAGGAAUCAUUUUAACUCUUCUUUCCAUCCCUACUCUAAAUCAUACCUAUCCUUUACUUUCUCUGUGUACUAUCAUCUGAUUAAAAGCAUCACUAAAAGGCAUUUGGUGUUUCUGGAAAUAGUUUGAUCAUGUUCACAUCAAAUUUAAUAUGUAAUGAAAAUAAGAUCCAUGUUAAUGAUCUGUUCCUGAACACAAAGAAGACUAAGAUUAGGAAAACAAGAGACAAAUCACAGCUCAGUUAGAAAACACUUUACUUAUAAAUUAGUUUGAUUAAACUGUGUCACAAUAAAAUGAUUUGCCAUCCCAGAGGGAGAGAGUAAUCGCCGACAGGCUUCGACAUUCACCAUUACCUAUGAGCCUACAACACACUGAGACAACAUAAGGCAGUCAUUACUGGAUGCCCUUAUUACUGGUAAGCAUGGUGACAAAGAGGUGGUCCUAACAGUAACUAUUUUCUCCACGCAUGUUGCUACGCAACAGACAACAGUAUCCAAUACAAAGAACAAUCUUACUAGAGAGGCAGUCUUACUGCAACAUAUUUAGCUUUUUUGACACUGAACAUCUAUCCAACCACUCAGAAUACAAUACUCAGUAAUAAAUAUUCAGAAAGAGAUCCAAUUGGAGAACCUCAGUGAGUGUUACCACAAAGGCUUCAACAGGGCAUCCCUGGUGCUACAACACAAUUCUGAAAAAGUGUUCACAGUAGACACAAGACUUUGUGAUUCUGUCCUAAACAUGGAGAUACUUGAUAUCAAAGUGACUUCUUACAAUAUCAAAAGGUCCGAGUGUGAAAUGAUGGAACUAAAUGGAACUUUUUUUUUUUUUUUAAACAAAACUAGUGAAAGUGAUGAAGAAGGGCACUGUGUGGAGGGAUUUCAAAAACACAACUUUUACAAAAUCUAGUUCUACGACUUGAUUGGCUGACCAAGAACAAACUCACUGAUACAACGUUUGUCCAGCUUUUCACUGUAGAUGCCUUCCUUUUAGUUUUGAUCCCAAAGAUUCUUAGCAGCAUUCAUGAAACAGAGUUUUGGCAAAUCAUGGCUACCAUAGAAAACUACAACGGCCACACUUUUUGUCAAAGGCUCUGGGCCUAUCUGUUACAGCAAAAAGAGGAAAUCUGUGAUAAUGUCUAUGAAACUUCAAAAUAACAGUCCUCUCUGUCUCGGCCACACAAGAAAAGUGACCACGUCAGGCACUGCAAAGAAAGAGUAGUAAUGCA